AUGUCGUUGCUAGAAGCCAGCCGUUCAUCUGCCGCACUGAAAACCGAAGACCGCUGCCUUGCAGCCAGUGCGCCCUGCCCCCGCGCCCUGCAGCCUCCGCUGCCCUGCAGCCCGCGUGCAUGCGCUGCCCGCGCCCCGCGCGCCCUGCCGCGCUCCGCACGACCUGCUGCAUGCGCCCCACGCGCCCUGCUGCCCGCGCGCUACCCUACCCGCGCUGCCCUGCAGCUCGUGUGUCCUGCAGCCCGCGCGCCUGCACGCCCUGCCUGCGCGUCCUGCAGCCCGCGCGCCUUCGCUGCCCGCGCCCCGCGCGCCCUGCUUCCCCCGCCCCGCGCGCCCUGCAGAGCGCGCGCUGCCCUGCCUGCGCGCCCUGCAGCCCGCGCUGCCCUGCAGGCCGCACGCCUGCGCUGCCCGCGCCCCGCGCGCCCCGCUGCGCCCCGCGCGCCCUGCUGCCCGCGCCCCGCGCGCCCUACUGCUCCUGCGCCCUGCAGCCCGCGUGCGCAUACUGCCCCGCGCGCCCUGCUGCCCCGCGCCCCGCGCGCCUUGCAGCUCCUGCGCCCGCGCCCUGCCCUAGCCACUACGGCUGCCACAGUCGCAGCACCUCCCACUACAACAGCUGCCGCCAUCUCUGCUGCUGACUGUCACUGCCCGUCAUGGCCACGCCACUAG